GGGCCUGAUCGCUCCCAGCCCCGCGGCCGCCGGAGCCGCAGCCCGGGCAAUCGCCGCCCGCUGCCGCCGCCGCGAACAUGGAGCCCCCGGACGCCCGGGCCGGGGCGCGCAGGGCCCCCAGGCUGCUGGUGCUCGCGCUCCUGCUGGGGGCGCACCCAGGUGCCCAGGCCGAGGUCCACUUAUCCGUGCCUUCCCUGGUGGAGGUGAUGAAAGGGGAGCCCGUCGCCCUGAACUGCACCCCCCUGGGGGCCCACGACCAUUUUGUGCUGGAAUGGUUCCUGGCAGACCGCUCUGGGGUCCGCCACCGCCUGGCCUCGGCCGAGCUGCAGGGCUCUGAGCUGCAGGGCACGGUGCACGACUCUCGGGGCCGCAGCCCCCCGUACCAGCUGGACGCCCGGGGGCGCCUGGUGCUGACUGAGGCCCAGGUGGGCGACGAGCGGAACUAUGUGUGCGUGGUGAAGGCGGGCGCGGCGGGCAGCGCCGAGGCCACCACGCGGCUCCACAUGUUCGCAAAACCAGAGGCCACCGAGGUCUCCCCCAACAAAGGGAUCCUGUCUGUGGUGGAUGACUUUGCCCAGGAGAUCGCCACCUGCAACAGCCGGAACGGGAACCCGGCCCCCCAGAUCACGUGGUACCGGAACGGGCAGCGGCUGGAGGUGCCCAUGGAGGUGAACUCAGCCGGCUACAUGACCAGCCGCACCGUGCGGGAGGCCUCAGGCCUGCAGUCUCUCACCAGCACCCUCUACCUGCGGCUCCACAAGGCCGACCGGGACGCCAGCUUCCAUUGCUCCGUGCGCUACCACCUGCCCGCGGGCCAGCACGGCCACCUGGACAGCCCUGCCUUCCGCCUCACCCUGCACUAUCCCACGGAACACGUGCAUUUCUGGGUGGACAGCCCCUCCACCACCGAGGGCUGGGUACGCGAGGGGGACUCCGUCCAGCUGUUUUGCCGGGGGGACGGCAGCCCCAACCCGGAAUACACAUUCUUCCGCCUUCAGGACAAGCAGGAGGACGUGCUGAAAACAAAUCUUGAGGGGAACUUGACCCUGGAGGGGGUUCAGCGGGGCCAGAGCGGGACCUACGGCUGCAGGGUGGAGGACUACGACGCUGCUGAGGACGCAGAGCUCUCCAAAACCCUGGAGCUGCGCGUGGCCUACCUGGACCCUCUUGAGCUCAGCACCAGGGAGGAACUUUCCUUACCCUUGGGCAACAGCACAGCCGUGAACUGCUCCGUGCAAGGUCUGCCCACGCCUGCCCUGCGCUGGACCAAGGACUCAAUCCCCCUGGGGAACGGCCCCACGCUCUCUCUGAGCUCCAUCACCUUCGAUUCUGCGGGCACCUACAUCUGUGAGGCCUCCAUGCCCACCGUCCCCCUCCUCAGCCGCGCCCAGAGCUUCAAGCUGCUGGUCCAAGGGCCACCAGAAUUAAGGGCAGAAGAGACCCAGCCCAGGAGUGAGGGCAGCUGGAGGGAAGGAGAUGAAGUCAGGCUGGUCUGCUCUGCCCGCGGCUACCCGGAGCCCAAACUCAGCUGGAGCCAACUGGGGGGCAGUCCAGCAGAGCCGGCCCCCGGAGGGCAGGGCUGGGUGAGCAGCUCCCUGACCCUGAAGGUGACCAGUGCCCUGAGCAGAGACGGGGUCUCCUGUGAGGCCUCCAACCCCCACGGGAACGCCCUGCACGUGUUUCACUUCGGCUCUGUGGCGCCCCAGACUUCCCAGGCCGGAGUGGCUGUCAUGGCCGUGGCCGUCAGCGUGGGCCUCCUGCUCCUUGUCGUUGCUGCCUUUUAUUGCAUGAGACGCAAGGGUCGCCCCGGCUGCUGCCGGCAGGGGGAAAAGGGGGCUCCGCCACCUGGGGAGCCAGAGCUGAGCCACUCAGGGUCGGAGCGGCCUGAGCAGACAGGUCUUCUCACAGGAGGCGCCUCUGGAGGAGCCAGGCAUGGCAGCGGGGGCUUCGGAGAUGAGUGCUGAGCCCAAGGGCCUCCGAGAGGCUGCACUAGACCCGACAUCAGAGAAUCAGCGUCAGAGAACCAGGCCUGCUCACGCCUCCGCCCGCCCCCACCUUCCCACUUCUCCCCGGCCCUCCCUUCCCUUCCUUCCUCUGCAGGCUGGGCAGGGACCUACAGCAGCCACUGCUGCGGGGAGGGAGGGAGGGGCGGUGGGGAGGAGGGGACCUUCCUCCAGGGAAUGUGACUCUCAGGCCCCAGAAUAGCUCCUGGACCCAAGCCCGGGACCUGGCCCGGGACAGGACGAGGCUCCGAGGCUCCAAGGCUCUGAGGGUCGGCCGGCUCGGGCGAGUUUUACCUCCCGCCCCCGUUACCGGUCCCCCACCCCACCUGACGUCCUACUGCGUAGUCCGACACUGGAUCCGGGCCCCUGCCCCCACCCCAGCUCCCAUCAUCUGUGGACACUGGAGUCCGGAAUAAAUGCUGUCUGUCACAUCA